UAACUACGCAUGUGUUGAUGUCUCUAAUAUGUGUUCUAAAGAUCCAAUGCUUUGUCGACAGAUAUUUGUCCUGCUAGUGGCAUGUCUACACUCGCUCUCCGCGGGCGUGAUGGUCGCCUUUCCAUCAGUCUUGAACCCAGCUCUUCUAUCACCCAACAGUACCGACAUCACAGCUGAUAGGAACCAAGCUUCAUGGAUAGCUUCAAUAAAUGGAAUCAGUGGCACCGUGGGUUUUUUCAUAUUAUCACCGAUAUUUCAAAGCUUCGGUCGUAAACCUGUCAACAUAACAGUGAACGUUAUCAUGUUCUUUGGAUGGAUAACAUUAGCCACUGCGAGCAACCUCACUAUGCUAUUCAUAGCUAGAGCUAUCCAAGGGUUAACUGUAGGAGGUGUCUUUAUAGCCGCUGUUACUCUAUCAGAAUAUUCAACACCAAAAAGAAGAGGAUACUUUAUGACGUUAAAGAAAAUAUCAAUAGGUCUAGGGUCAUUGACUUGUCAUGCUUUAGCACUCGUCUGUACUUGGCGACAAAUAGCCGGUAUAUGUAUAAUACCAAUAAGUUUAGCGAUACUGUUUACAUUAUUAUGGCCUGAAAGUCCAUCUUAUCUUGCAAUGAAAGGACGUUUCGAUGAAUGCGAGAAAGCCUUUAUAUGGUUAAAUGGGAGCUCACUUGAAAGUAAAAUGGAAUUAAAGGAAUUAAUCAACGCACAAAUGGAACAACAUGAAUUGAAGAAGAAAACAGAAAACCUUUCACAGAUUAAGAAAUUUUAUAGACAACUUAAUAAUAGAGAGAUGUUGAAAGCUUGUUUUAUCGUUGCGUUGGUAACACUGUGUAUUGAUGCUUGCGGAAGAUAUUUUCUUCUUGCAUAUUUAACACAAAUAUUAGAAGAAAUAACUGGCAGUAAUUCUGUAGCUAUGUACGGUUCUAUUAUUUCUGAUUUACUGUUGAUAACAGCUUUAGCUGUAUCUUGUUGUGUCAUAAGAGUAUUUGAUAGACGAACAUUAUUAUUCGGCUUAGGAUCCGUUACUAUAUUGUUAAUGUUUAUUAUAAGUAUUGCUGUAUUUACAAAAUCUAAUUAUGAUUUUCUAUCAAAUUUAACAUGGUUAAUUCCUUGUUUAAUAUUGUUGCAUUCUUUCAUAGCUAGUGUUGGUAUAAUUCCAGUUGCGUUUACAAUAUCAUCUGAAGUGUUUCCUUUAGAACAUAGAGGUUUGUGUUCUUGUAUAUCCGGUGUUGCCUUUACUAUAUUUUAUGCUGCUACAUUAAAAUUAACACCAUUAAUGAUAGAACAUACUGGUGUAUCUGGUACAUAUACAAUUUAUGCAUUAAUAGUAUCAUUUUGUUUAGCAAUUUUAUAUGUUAUAUUACCAGAAACAAAAGAUAAGACUUUGCAGCAAAUUGAAAACGAAAUGAAAGGCAAAUCAGAUAAAAGCACACGAUUGCUUACUAAUUAAUUUAUUAACAUUUAUUUAAACAUGUUAUUUAAUUUACGUAAUAAACAUAAUGAAA